GAGGGACAGCAGGACAGCGGCCAUGGGGUACCCGGCUGGCGCGUGCUGAAGGCGGGGGGAUGCCGGCGGGUGGGGGGCUGCUCUGCGGGGCCACUGGCCUGGGCCUGCUCCUGGCCGCCACCGCCACCCACGGCUGGCUGCAGCGCCGGGCACCUGGCGGCACCGCCAGCCUCGGGCUGUGGCGCUCCUGCCUCGGGGGGCUCUGCCGCCCCCACCCCAGCACCCCGGCCUUAUGGGAAGCCACGCGGGUGCUGAUGCUGCUCUCGGUGCUCACCGCCGCCACCGGCCUCGCCCUGGGGCUCUCCGUGGCGGCCAGCGCUGCCCGGCGGGCGCGUGCCCGUGUGGCCGGUGUCACCCUGCUCCUGGCUGCAAUGCUGGCGCUGCUGGGGCUGGUGGUGUACACGGUCGGCACGCUGAGCCUCCUGGGGCCGGCCCGCGCUGCCUGGCGCUUCUCCUGGUCCUACAUCCUGGGGUGGGUCGCCGUCAUCCUCACCGGCUCGGCAGGACUAUUCCACCUCUGUGCUGCUGCCAAGGACCCAUCUCCGGAGAACUCUGAAGUGGCGGGUGCCUGAGGGGCCUCGGGGGGUCCCCACUCCCACCCUCACCCUCCUCCCCACAGGAUUAGGGUGGGGGCACCCUGCAGUGCAGGUCACUGCUGUGCUGAGUUGUGUCCGGUCACUGCUGUGCUGAGUUGUGCCAGGACUCUGCAGGCCUGAGCUCCCCCUGUUCUCCCACCCCCUCACCCCUACCCGUUUUGCCCCCUCCCUUCCGCCCCCUCGACUCCUGCUGUGCCAAUAAACUGCCAUG